AUGAAACCGAAGCUAACAGAAGUUACUCUGAAUUUGUUGCAGCUCGUUGCGGCAUCAGUUGGCCAUGCAACUUUGCCUGCUGAGAUUUACUGGAAGAAAGUUUUGCCCAAUACUCCGAUGCCAAAGGUCAUCAAGGCACAGCUACAUCCAGUAUUUACAGACAUAAAGGGAGGCCGCCCGAGGGUCAACCGGCCAUACUAUCCUUUAUAUUACUCCGUCGCCUCGGAGAUUCAGUUCCCCAGCGACCCCGCGCUCUUCUUCCUGAAGAAGGACUUGCAUCCCGGUUCUGAGAUGAAUCCGGGCCUAAGCUUCGUCAGCACCAUCUCCGGCGCCGCCUUCCUUUCUCGUGCUGAAGUCGACACCAUACCUUUCUCCUCCGACAAGCUUUCUGAGAUACUACACCGCCUGAAUGUUCUUCCCGGUUCCGAGUUAGCCAAGGAAGUAAACAAAACGCUCAGCGACUGCGAGGCGGCUGCCUCGGAGGGAGAGCACAAGUUCUGCGCCACCUCGCUGGAAUCUAUGGUCGACUUUGCGACCUCCAAGCUAGAGACGCAUGACCUCCAGGUCUCGGCGACCACGGUGCGUGGAAACCAGGAGACUGCACCGAAGCAAAGGUAUAAAGUUGCACCCUCGGGCGUGCAAAAGGCUCCGGGCGCCAAGUUGGUGGCCUGCCACCCCGAGGCCUACCCACACGCCGUGUACUAUUGCCACUUGACCCGGGCUACCAAAGCCUUUGUCGUCACGCUGGUAGGGGAGGACGGGACGACCGUGGAGGCGGUGGCCGCAUGCCACAGUGACACAUCCAAAUGGAGGUCCGUGUUCUUCAAGGUGCUUGGCGUGAAGCCUGGAACUCCCAUCUGCCACUUCCUUCCACAAGACCACCUCGUCUGGAGUCCCGUUCACUAG